AUGUCCAGGUCCCCAUGGGUUGGAGGAUCUUAUGAGGUUCGCCAUCGGUCCAUAGCAGCUGCUUUGCGUAGCUUAUCUGUUGAAUCGUCAGCUUCACAGUGGCAUCUGGAUGUACCCCUGAUACAACUUCGUUUGAAUCUUCAGAUUGAUGAAGAUACUGGCUUUACUCCUCAUUCUUUGGUCUUUGGUUAUGAUGCUUGCUUCCCUCUGGAUCUGGCUCUGCUGACCCCUCAGUCCGAGUUGAGCAAUCGUUUAGGUAAAAGCGAGCUCUCCUCUGAUACCGUUAAGAAGAUAUUGCAGUCGUUUGCUGAAAGACGACGUAAGAUCCAUGAGUUAUGGGCAGAAGCUUGGGAAAGGAACCGUGCUGCUUAUGCCAAGAAGCUUCAACAGCCAGCUGUUCCAAGUUCUUAUAAUUUUAAUGAGGGUGACUUGGUUUUGGUCCGAAAUCCUAGGAAGACCAAGCUGGACAACCUUUGGAGAGGGCCUUAUGUGGUGAGAAGAGUACUUGGAUCAGCCACUUAUGAUGUUGACACAGGCAGCUCUAAGAUUCCCUAUGUUCAGCAUCAACGUAACUUGAAGCCUUGGCUCGGGGAGGACGGGGAUACAGUUAAUAGUAGUCCUGUUGGUCCGGUUUGUGAUUGUUAUGGCAACGAUAUCAAGGUCGAAGCUUUUUAUGGAUUACCCAAUCGACUAUUUGGACAUCCGAUUAGUCUUAAGGAACUCCAAGUGUUUCGACUUUCUGGAGCCAAUAUUAUCGAGCCGGUUAUUGAUGUGAAUGGAGACCCUAUGACUGUCUUUAUUGAGCAGCCUUAA